AUGACGCUUGGCACCAGCAUCACUGAGAGGGACAAGAAGAAGCUGGACAAGGUCAUCAAGAAGCCCAGCUCUGUCCUGGGCUCUGCUCUAGACACAGUGCAGGAGACGAUGACGUUUGAAAGACCACUCAACACUGCCCGUCUCUGUCACGUAGCUCUGCGGUCUAAAGUGACAGACCCACAUGCACAGCUCAGGAGACGUACAGUGUUGUUACAAGGUGGAUGCUGGGAAGAUGCAGCUUCCGCUGAGCACCUGAACUCAGCACGAGAGCUCCAGCGAUACAGAAAGAAGACGAAGAGAAGGAGGUGGAGGCAGAUCGCGGAGAAACGGGGAGAGCAUCUCUGCUUCCCCCGUUUGUCAGGUCCUGACUGGAAGCGGAGGGAGGCAGCGGGACGGAGGAGAGGAUGGAGGGGGAGACGCAGUUUCUUUGUGGCGUGGUGGAAGGACAUCGUCUUCUCUUCUUCCUGUGACCUGACAUUGCUCAAGCGCAAGCUCAGACAGGUAUCAGACCUGGGUUGUCAGGCGUUUGCCAUACUGUUUGACGACAUUGAUCAUUCCAUGUGUCAGGCCGACAGCGAGGCCUUCUCCUCAUUCGCCCACGCUCAGGUCACAGUAACCAAUGAGAUCUAUCGGUUCCUGGGGGAACCACCCGUCUUCCUCUUUUGCCCAACAGGAGGGAACAGACGCACCCAGAAAUCCACAACACCAACUAUUCCACCCUCAGAGCCUUGGAGAGACACAGACAGGCAGACAGACAGAGCAACGCCAAUGAGAGACAUCUGCCCACUUCCAUGCGUCACAAACCUGACCCCUCCUAACGCCUGGUGGAGCUCCACUCUGACCCUUGACCCCUGACCCCCUAGCCUGCCCAGAUCAUGGGCUGUCAGAGCAUAGCGGGACGUGAAGCCGAAGUUGGGCUGGUCGCCGGACACCAGGGGGGUGGAGUGGACCUCAAAGUCCAGGAGGCUGUAGGUGCAGAAGGUCACAAUCUCAUCACUAACGUCCACUCCAGGGACCCUGCUGCUCUUUCUCCUUCAGCGUGUCUCUGAGGGCCUGCGCGCUCAGCUCCAGCUCUGCCAUCCUCACCUGCUCCGCUAUACUGGACCUGCUGGAUGGGAAAGAAAGAAUGAUGGGAUGUUGGAAGAGUUUCAGCACAUUUAAUGCAUUGCACAAUAAACACUUACAAUCUCUCCAUCUCUCCCCUGGGGUCCUCCAGAGUGGGCUCGUAGCGAGGGGGGGCCGUUUGAGCUGCUCUCCUAACUCCAGCCUCCAGCUCCAUAGUUUUACCUGAAAUCCACAGAUUUAAAAGAGAGAAGCUCUUCCUGUCCGCCUUCAUGUGACUGCGUGCUUUACACCACACACCUUUACUGUAGCGGUGCUGCAUGCGCCCCCCCAGGUCCAUAAUGUGCUGCUUGGCCAGGCUGAGCUUGUUUUGUAGGACCCCUUUCUGGCUCUCCAGUGAAGCCACAUGGGCCUCCAGCUCCUGGAUGGUGUCCUCCAUGUCCCUCUCCUUUGCACCACUGGACCCAGGAGGAGUCUGUCGAAGUUGCAUCAGCGUGGUAGCUGCGGAGCCUCUGCUCCUGUGUACGCGUGUGUUGUCUUAGGACACCGUUCUCCUCCUGCAGCCGCAGGCACAGGUCCUCCAGGUGCUCCCUGGGAAACCGAAACACGUGCUGAGGAUCUGCCGACGGGAGAAAGAGACUUUGGUCAUGAGCUUUAUUCACAGACAUGUUGUGAUGUGAUGCAGUGUCAUCUUUGGUCUUCAUGACAUGAUGCUUCUUCGACCAUAUAUUUAUUUCCUACCAUCAUCAUUAAACUUUAAUCUGCUGUA